AUGGCGAAACAAUCCGUAACCAAGUUUCCAGUUCAUUCAACUAAUAUCCCCGCGAGCUUCAUUGAGAAUCACCAAACCACCGCCGAAGACGAAGAAAAACUAAAGUUUGUUCAUCGUAUCAACUCCUUCCUCCCGGAGAAUGACGCAGCUCAGGAUGAGCUAGAGUGUAAGCAACGAAUUGAGGAGUCUUUCAAAAGUACGACCAGCAAUGUCCAAGCCUUGAAUGAGGCGCUGGAGGUUUUUCGGCUGAAAUUGUGCAAACCUGGCCAAAUCCAAGCCAGUCAGCCUAUACCAUCAGGUCAGAAAGUACACUGGUCAGAUGUGAUGAAGGAGCUGCAAAAUGCCCAGAACUACUACAAGACCCGCCAUGGAGGUGGACCGAUUGGCAAAGCGCUCUCCAAAUUCGGGAGAUAUACGGAGUCGCUGAAGGGGUGGCUAGACCUGCUCCCUGCUGGGGAUUAUGGGUCUACUAUAUGCGGCGGACUCAAACUAUUGUUAUCGGCCCUUGAUGAAACUCACAAGCUGGAUAGCUUAGUCUUCGUGGCGCUGUCGGACAUACCCGAGAUCUUGUACGAAGCCCGGUUCUACCUGGAUGCGUACAGAGUACCUAGGUUGAGCAUGAACAUGCUGGAAAAGAUGGCUGACCUAUGUAACCACGUUCUUGUUGUGCUGCGGGAAAUCGUUUAUUACUGUCUUGAAACAAAGUCUAAACUUUAUAUUGCGGCGGUCUUCAAGGGGCCGAAAGCAAAAGACUCUCUACGACAAUCAAUUUCUGACCUUAGGGAACGCGCCACCUCUCUUUCUCGAGAGGCAGAGCUCACGAACCGCCAAACUAUACAGAAUAUCAGCGAAGAUAUUCAAGGCAUCAAGCAGAGUUGUCACAACACAGAAGGUAGCCGCACGGACAUAUAUGUCAAUCUAUACGUGCUCUACUCUGGACACCCAUCUCUCGAUAGCAAAGGCGAACUUUUGUCCGAUAAUAUGGAUGGUCAGUAUUACGCCAUUGCCAGUGUUCUUUUUGCAAAUUUAUCAAAUCUGAAUGUGGGAAAAUCAAAUCUAGCGUCUCCUCAAUUGUCUCUUGCCGGCUUUAAAGUUCAAAACUCCAUCAGUGCAAGCUCUUCCCCAGGGAUCCAGGCUUCGCAGAGUCCAUCCAUAACCGACUUACCAGAUCUGAGAGACUUGCUCACUCUAUGUGUCAAUUCCCAAUCUAACGAUCAUUUGAACGUUCCCCAACGAACCGACCGUCGACAUCAAUAUUCCCCCAAGACCGAGGAGCCCUUGAUCACCACUGAAGGCCUUUUACACCUCCUCGCAUUCGAUGAAACCAAGGUCGCCAGCGACCGGGGCACGAACGUUCACCCAAGCAGAUUCAACAAGCGUGAUUCCCAAAAACUUCCCUUCAUUACGAGAUCCACGCAGUUUCAAAACUGGAUCAACAAGACCGAGCGGAAAAAUGCCUCCCUACUCGUUCAAGGUCACUUUGACUCUGAAGAUGGCACUUCGGCUUUGACACACCUCUGCGCAAGGAUCGCUUAUGAAUCCGCUCCCAAUCCCAAAGUACUGAUUCUCACUCACUUUUGCUCGCUUCAUACGGCUAGUCGCGCGGAGAUCGGUCGCCGUGCCGGUGCCAGGGGGUUAAUCGCCAGCUUUAUCGGUCAGCUUCUCUCCUACGACUCUUAUCGAGUCCAAUUUGAUCUAUCGCAAAUCAAAAAACAGGCAUUAUCACGGAUCGAGGAGUUUUCAUUGAAGAAACUGUGCUGGCUCUUCGAAAUGCUCAUCGCCCAGGUCAAGAAAGGAAUCACGAUUAUCUGCAUUAUUGACAAUAUCUCAUCAUAUGAGACGAACGAAGCGGUAGGUGAUUUGGAGCAAUUGGUCCGUUGUCUGCAAAGCUGGGUCAUACAGGCAAACCAGACUUCGUCGAAGCCAAGGAUGAAGUUGUUAAUUACCGACACAAACCAGACUACUCGGGUCUACCGGUAUUUUCAACAUGAUGAUAUCUUAAACCUUGAAGGUGGUGGUGUAUCAGGGGAUGAUUGGGAGAAUUACUCUGAGGAGGACAACUGGAUAAUAUAG